AUGCCGACGAUCAAAAAGCGAGAGCGGGCGGUGCUGGGGACUGUCUCUUUCAUGCCCCCUUUGGUCGCAGACACCAACACUGCGACGAAAGGUUUAAACCAUAAGGAGACGUCUCCCAAAUCCAGGCGUGAACAAGUUCUCAAGGCUCAAAGAGGCCAUCGGCAGCGAUCCAAAGAUUAUAUGGAUGCUCUCGAGAAAGAAGUGCUCAAACUCCGAAGUGAAGCAGCGCAGUUCCAUGAAGAGGCACAGCGCAAUGGAGAGGCAGCCAAUCAUUGGAAGGAUUGCCUUGUUGCUGUUGUCGGUCCUCUACGGCCUCAAUCCUUCGCGACAACUGACUUGAUCAUGCUACGGGCUCCUGGUCACUUCAUUUGGGCAGUUGACAAGGCGGCGAGGGCUUCGGCUGGAUUGCUUCCCAUACGGUCUGAGCCUGACCUAUGGAACAUGGUUCAAAUGCCAAUCCAUACGCCCCAAACGGGAAUACCGGCGUCGAUAAACACGUAUCGUGGUCUCGAGGUCCGACUGCUACAUCAUUUCUGCCAGUUUGUGAUGCCAUCUCUUGAAAUCACCGAGUCAUCAAAUUAUGGAUACGCCCAGCAUGUAAUCCCGUUGGCCAUGAACAACCAAAUGGUUCGACAUGCCAUCCUGGCCGCCUCGGCUGGCCAUCUCGAGAUAACCCAAGCAAGCAAAGUACCACUUGGUGCACUGGAAUACAGGUCGGCAGCUAUAUCAGGCUUAAGGGAGGCGUCCAACCAUCCUCCCUCCGACCCAUUGUCUCGCCUUUCCAUUCUGGCCACAAUCCUCGGGCUGCUGGUAGACGACAUGAUAUCCGGUCAUAAAGAGUUCCAAACCUUGAUCGGUCUGGCCAACUCAUGGGAUCAACUGAGUCUUCCCCUCGGAAGCAGCUCAAGUGAGGCUGACUCUCGUGAAUUUCUCCACGACCAGAUUCAAGUAAUGAGGUCUUUGGUCCAUCCUAUAUAUCACUUUCAGAUGUCCCUUCAAAUAGGAGAGAGCUCAGACUCUAGUUCUCGUACAAAGAAAAUCAGCGAGAUCUUCGUAAAACUUGACAGAGCGACAACACUGACCUGCGAGAUCCAUUCUCUAACAUCAGCACGGGUCUUUGAGCAAAAUGCAGACGCAAGGACCACCGAGAACACCUUUAAAAUAUUAGAUGAGCUCUUGGACGAAUUGAAAAUAAUCGUUAGCAGCAUUCCACCCUUUUCACUUGGGGAGAAUGGACUUGCAUGGGUUUGUUCCGUUGCGGCGUCAAGCAGCCAAAAAGAGCAUCACAAAGCAUUCUUCGCCUCUCAUCUAGCCCAAUUACUACGUCGUACUGGGCAUCCGGAUAUCAAAGACGUUCUAUCCUCUAUGCAUGUGUUUUAA